GCGCGCAGAUUCGCGAGCUCCUCCGACGGCUUCCGGUGCCAGAGCUGCGGGCAGAGGUUCGCCAAGUGGCAGGGCCAGUGCUCGUCCUGCUCGCAGUGGGGCUCCGUGGUCUCUGCCAAGCCGGCCGAGCCGCAGUUCCGCCAGUCGAACGCCGCGUCCUUCAGUCAAGGCAAGACAAAGCGCGCAGUGGCGUGGUCCAGGACAGGGAAUGACGUCUUCGAGGAGGACGCCCCACACGCUCUACGCAUGAACGAGGUCGAGUUGGAUACGUUCGUAGAGCGGAUCGAGCUGCCUGAACGCGAGCUGAACUGGGUGUUGGGUGGAGGCUUAGUGGCCGGAUCGUUGACGCUGGUGGCAGGAAACCCAGGUGUUGGCAAGAGCACGAUGGCGAACAUGCUGGCACACGGGCCUGCGAUGCGUGAACGUGGGGUGCUGUACGUCUCAGGCGAGGAGAGCGUGCUGCAAGUGCGCAUGCGUGCCGAACGCCUCGGGUCGGUCAGCGACAGUCUCUUUGUGGCCAGUGAGACCAACCUUGACGCGGUUUUCCAGUUGCUGGAAGGAGGAAACGGACGAGGUGGUGGUGAGGACGACUACCAUGGCUUUGGUGCAAUCGUAGUGGACUCGAUUCAAACGGUAUACGCAGCAGACAUACCCUCUCCGGCAGGCAACGUGAAUCAAGUGAAGGAGUGCACGCUGCGCCUGCUGCGGCUGGCCAAGUCGCGCAACGUGCCUGUGAUCCUCAUCGGCCACGUGACCAAAAGUGGCGAUAUCGCUGGCCCAAAGGUGCUCGAGCACAUCGUCGACACGGUGGUGCAUCUGGAAGGCGACCCGCAAAGUGCGAGGCGGUUCCUACGCUGCCAGAAGAAUCGCUUCGGCAACACCAGCGAAGUCGGCGUCUUCAACAUGACUGACGAAGGCCUUCAGCCGCUGCCGAACCCUCUCAUGGCGUUUGUGUCAUCACUCGAAGAUGAUGACGAUGAUAAUCCUGGCGACAGUGAAGAGGCCGGGAUCGAGCCGCUGGACGGAUGCUCCGUCACGAUUGCUAUGGAAGGCAAGCGCCCGAUCCCCCUUGAAAUCCAGGCUCUGGCCAACCCAACGCAGUACAGCAUGGACACUGCGCGCGGUGGAAGUCAGUCGUACUCACGU